GUGGCCACAGCGGUGGGGAGCAACGGAAGCCGAGCAGGCUGGUCGCCUGGGCCGCAGACCUGUCGCAGUUCCGGCCGGGCGGCCGCGGGGUUCCGGCGCCUGACUGCUGUCCCGCGGGCAGGCACGGGGUAGUGUAGUGGCAGGUGUCCCGCUCCGCCAGCUCCCGCGGGAUCCCCGGCUGGUCCGGGCCCGGGCGCCGCACUCACGGCGGCUCCGUCGCAGGCACAGAGCGAGGAGCAGCCCGCGCCCUCCGAGGUCAGCAUCAUGAGGAGCCUGCCGUUCUUCUGCCGCGGCCAGGUGGUGCGUGGCUUCGGCCGCGGCUCCAAGCAACUAGGCAUCCCCACAGCCAAUUUUCCUGAACAAGUAGUAGACAAUCUUCCAGCUGAUGUGUCCACUGGCAUUUAUUAUGGUUGGGCCAGCGUUGGGAACGGAGAUGUCCAUAAAAUGGUGGUGAGCAUAGGAUGGAAUCCAUACUACAAGAACGUGAAAAAGUCCAUGGAAACCCACAUCAUCCAUACCUUCAAGGAGGACUUCUAUGGGGAAAUUCUCAAUGUGGCCAUUGUUGGCUACCUCAGACCUGAAAAGAACUUUGAUUCUUUAGAGUCACUUAUUUCUGCGAUUCAAGGUGAUAUUGAAGAAGCUAAAAAACAACUGGAU